GGCUCCGAGGCUGCUCCUUUCGGCAGCUAGGCGGGCCGCAGGGCGGAGCGAUGGGAUCUCGCGAGAUUCUCGCGCGGUAGGUGCUGAGCGCCCAGCAUGGCGGACUCGGGGCGGCUGUUCAAGCGGGGUUCCUGCCGCUCCACUUGGCUGCGGGCCCGAAAGGCCCGGCCCCAGCUCAUCCUCAGCCGCCGACCCCGCCGCCGGCUCUGGACCCUGCGUUGGUGCAGUCGGCGGCGCCUACGGAGGCGACUACUGCAAGCCCAGGCUGCCGGCGUGGACUGGAGGGAGGGAGUCCGCCAGGUGUCCCGCGUGGCGGCGGCCCGGAGACCCAAGACCGCGAUCCCCAGCCCGAUCCCUAGCCCGACCCCGGCCUCCGAACCCGAAUUCGAAUUCGAACCCUCCUCGCGUUGUCCCCGGCUCCUCCCCAUCCCCCCGGUGCGGCCAGUGGGCCCUGGCCGUGCGUUGCUGCUGCUGCCAGUCGAACAGGGUUUUACUUUUAGUGGCAUCUGUCGUGUGACUUGCCUCUAUGGCCAGGUGCAGGUAUUUGGUUUUACCAUCAGCCAAGGCCAGCCUGCCAAAGACAUCUUCUCUGUGUAUACCCACUCUUGCCUGACUAUCAAUGCACUUCAUUACUCGAUGCCUGAGAAAAGCAAGAAGGAACUCAAAAGGGAAGCCCGGAUGUUGCUCAAAUCUCAUCUUAACCUGGAUGACAGGCGUUGGUCGAUGCAGAACUUUUCUCCUCUGUGUUCCAUUGUGUUGCUGGAACAUCUGAAAACUACCGCUGUGAACUUCAUAACCAGCUAUCCAGGUGCAUCCUACGUUUUUGUGCAAGAGAGUCCGUCUCCCCAGAUUAAUCCUGAACAUUUAGCCUUGAGGUCUGUUGGCAUCAGAAAAGAGAAAAAAAGGAAAGGCCUUCAGUUAACUGAGAGUACCCUGUCAGCCCUGGAAGAGGUGGUCAGUGUUUCCUGUGAAGAAGUAGAUGGCUGCCCUGUCAUUCUGGUUUGUGGAUCCCAGGAUGUCGGAAAGUCAACAUUUAAUAGAUACCUGAUUAACCAGUUGUUAAAUAGUCUUCCCUGCGUUGACUAUUUGGAAUGUGAUCUGGGACAGACAGAAUUUACCCCUCCUGGUUGCAUUUCUUUACUUAAUAUUACAGAACCAGUUCUGGGACCACCUUUCACUCACCUGCGGACACCACAGAAGAUGGUGUAUUAUGGGAAACCUUCUUGUAAAAACAACUAUGAGAAUUAUAUCGACGUAAUAAAAUAUGUGUUCAGCGCUUACAAGAGAGAGUCCCCUCUCAUCAUCAACACUAUGGGAUGGGUUUCAGACCAGGGGCUCCUGCUUCUCAUUGAUCUGAUCCGAUUGCUGUCUCCCAGCCACGUGGUUCAGUUCAGCUCUGACCACAGUAAAUGUAUGCCAGACCUUACCCCGCAGUAUGUAGAUGACAUGGACGGCUUGUAUACAAAAAGCAAGACCAAGAUGAGAAAUCGAGGUUUCAGACUUGCAGAAUUUGCAGACGCUUUGGAAUUUGCUGAUGAAGAAAAAGAGAUUCCAGUUGAGUUCACUGGACAUAAACUGAUAUCCGUUUAUACGGAUUUUGCAUUCAGAAUAACCCCAAGAAAUAGAGAAUUACAUAACAAAAUUCUUCGAGAACUGUCUGUCUUGAGUUACCUUAGCCAGCUGCAGCCCCCGAUGCCAAAACCACUUACUCCUUUACAUAGCCUGACACCCUAUCAGGUCCCUUUUAAUGCAGUUGCACUCCGGAUUACCCACUCUGAUGUCGCCCCUACCCAUAUACUAUAUGCUGUGAAUGCCAGCUGGGUUGGUCUUUGCAAGAUCCAGGAUGACGUCAGAGGAUAUACGAAUGGGCCCAUCCUGCUUGCCCAGACUCCAAUCUGUGACUGCUUGGGGUUUGGCAUCUGUAGAGGCAUUGACAUGGAGAAGCGGCUGUACCACAUCCUCACCCCUGUGCCCCCAGAAGAGCUAAAGACUGUGAAUUGUCUGCUCGUUGGAGCUAUUGCCCUUCCACAUUGUGUCCUUAAGUGCCAGCGUGGGGUCGAAGGGAUAGUACCUUAUGUCACAACGGAUUACAAUUUUAAACUUCCUGGAGCAUCAGAGAAAAUUGGAGCAAGAGAACCUGAGGAGGCACAUAAAGAGAAACCAUACCGAAGACCCAAGUUCUACCGAAAAAUGAAGUGACGCUCGUGUUUCUACGCAGGGAAGAAACUUUCCUACCAGAAAGCCUUGUCUCAAGCCUGACCACAAGAGGCAUGAUGGAGUUUCAUGGCCAUGAAUGGCGUCCUUAUUAGCAACAGUGUUUUCUGUGUAAUUUGUGAAUGUCGUAUAGUAGUCUUAAGUUUCUCUUCUAAAGCUGCAUGAGCUAGAAUUUGCUCUAGUCUUCUGUGAGCUACUCAUACUUGUUGCCUGGUGUGCUUUCCAGAGGGAGUAAACUGGCAGGAAACAGUUUAUGUGCCAUUAAAACAGAGAUUCCUCAGAAAGUUCUUCAAGGACCUGGUUAUUAGAAUCAGGAUAAAAAUAAGGAAACUGGGGCCAUAACAAUGUACCGAGAAGGAAGGAAGAAGGUCGACCUGCAGGGUCUCAAGCAUCAUGGACACAAGGGCUUGCCGCGCGCAGGCCUGGGGGCCAGUGGUCUGCCUCCUUGGAGCCAGUGUGGAUGGUCACAGCCCUGGGGUGGUCAUUUCAUCCCAGUCCAUUUGGUGCAGUUGUACUUGGCCUAUUACAUCCAAUCAAGGUUUAAUAGAUAGGGCCAGGCAUGGUGGCUCACUCACACGCCUGUAAUCCUACCACUUUGGGAGGCUGAGGCCAGAGGAUGACUUGAGCCUCAGAGUUCCACGUAGGAGUACACCAACCACUCCAGCUUAAGCAACAGAGUAAGACCUUAUCUCUCAAAAAAGAAAAGAAAAAUUUAGACGUGUUUAAUAGAUAAGUUUGGACUCAAGAGCCCUUCCUUUUUUUUAAUCCUGUGGUUUUAUGCUGAGGAAAUUGCUUUGAAAUCUGGAAAACCUUUUCUGGAGACUCUUAAAAAGAUUUGUCCAAAUUGACUUCUGAUCUGAGGCUGAAGACAGCCACAGGGCAGAGCUGGAGACUGGGCUGUUUGGAAGAAGGACUGGCAAACCAGCCCUGGGGAAAGCCGCUGUGGCAGGCUGGACCUGAAUCUGCACCUGUGAACUCUGCCGUUGAGAGCUUUCUUCUGGGGGUGCUGGAGGCCGGUGACCAGAUGGGCAUUCUUCAUGUUCUUUGUGGAGCUUCCGGCCCUCUGUCCUCUAGGUUGGAAGUGGUUUGCGUAAACAUGUGAUGGGACCAGGUCGCAACAUUGUUGUGUUGCAGGCAGCAGGAUGCUUACUGGGGCUGAGGUUCAGACUUGUAUUGUGACCGCCACUUUGUCAGAGUUGCAUCUUUCCAGCACCAUCACCUCGUAAGAGUGUUACUAGGAUGUGUGGGUUUUAACACUUCUAUUCAAUUAAACUUGGUUAGUAUUGUCUUUA